AUGGAGCCCGUCUCCAACACGUUCCAUUCUGCAGAUGUGAUCCCAAAGCCCAGCUUGUCGACAACGCCAGUCGAGAUCCUUAGAAAGAUUGCAAAAUUGGUCGCGCAAGACAAAUUCGCCUCGUCCGAUAGUCGCAAGACGCUGCCGGACCUCCAGUACACCACGAACAACGGGGAGCACCGACGCUACCGGCCCUGGUCUCUCUUCCUUCACGAAGUAAGGCGGUGUCCGGGUGUCAGUAGGCAGCUUCCCAAAUACAAAAACAAGAGCAUCCUUAGCCUCUUGGUCACGUGCGUCCUCAUCUGCCGGGCGUGCGUGGCGGUUCUCUAUCAUAAAGCAGUCGUCCACAGCUUUAACCACCAGCAGCUGUACAUGUUCAUGGAAACCAUCACCAAGAACGAGAGCGCAUUUCUGCAGCAGUACGUGACGCACCUGGCCGUCACCUACGAUUCUUACUGGGAAGCAGAGAGACGGGAGUUCAGGCGCACCCAAUCGAUCCAGAAUACUCUUGCGUCGGAAAGCGGGUGGCUGCAGCAGUACGUGACCCGCGUAGCCGUCGCCUUCGACUUUUCUCCCUACUAUGACGUUGAGUCAGAGAGACGGGACCUUAGGCGGGCCAAAUCGAUCCAAAAUAUCCUUGCGUCGGGGGGCCGUCCGGCUACCGGUAUUGCGCAGCCUGGAUCUCACCCAGAGGAGCAGAUGCGACUUCGGUCACUGGCGCGAGCUGCUGCCCACACUCCCUGCGUUGGAGCGUUCGAGCCCGUUCGGGACACGUUAGAGUCUCUAGUGUGGGUGAUCACAUCAGCUUACCACCAGUUCCACUAUGGCGAGCGCCCCGAUAUCACCUGCCUACGCCAGCUGCGACACCUCGCUACCGGGGCCCGAAUAAGUAUUCCCGACACAGAUUGGGGAGCCACGUUAUGGGAGGAGGAAGACAUCGUCUGUAUGGAGUCGCUCGAGACAGUGGAGGUGAUCACGAGAAGGCAAACACGUAGGGAGGCUUUCAAGAGCCUGCGGGUCGAAGACCUGCGGUAUUUCGAGAAGUGGCAGUUCGGCGCUCGCAAUUGGAAGAGAAUGAAGGACGAGUUCCUGGAUGCCGCGAUGAGGGAGUAUAAGCAGCUUGGGAUCCAUAGUAGCUCACUGUGGCGGUAA